GGUGACCCUCUGAAGGUCAAAGUCAACAAACUGGCUUCUACUAGAAUUCAACUUCCUUAUUCAUAUUAUUCCCUUCCUUACUGUAAGCCAGAUCGCAUUGUGGACAGUGCAAAAAAUCAUGGCGAGGUUCUCGGGGUGACCAUAUUGAAAACUCUGUGUAUGAGUUUCGUAUGAGGGAACCACAGAUGUGUAACAUUGCAUGUCAUAUUGUUUUUAAUGCAAAAACAGAAAAAGAGUUUAAGAAGAAGAUAGAUGAUGAAUAUCAGGAUUAAAUAUAAAGUGAGAAAGCCACCAGACUGAGCAUCAGUUAUUCUUCGAAUGAAGGUUAAUUGGGUAUCAAAUUGCAGCAUGGAGCUUUGAAGGUGUCUCCUCUCGCUCGAAGCUAUUUCCUCCUACCUGAAAAUAUCCUUUCGCAAGCGCUCUUUUCCCAUCAUUUAUUUUCAAAAUAUACAUCAAAAUUAGAGUAGUCCAGUCGCUACCACUACUUAGGGUAUUUCCAAAUCUCUAAUUUCUUUUCUUUGUUCUUUUUCUCUUGAAAAUUAAUUUCUUACAAUUAAAAAUAUGGCCAACACGCUGACAUUUUUCUACAUAAAUAUAUUCAGAUUCC